AGGCAAUUAAAAACAAAAAUAUAGAAAUUUUCUUCAAGAUCGCGAUCUUCAAUCCCGAAUCCCUAAUCCAUUCAAGCUUCUCCUAUCUUCUCCGGCGUCAUCAUGGAUGUUCGAUCUCCUGCUCCCGUUCCCAUCGGAUCUCGGCGGCGUGAUAACAAGUGGUCAUCUCGGUGGGGUCCUGACGAUAAAGAGAAAGAGAAAGAUGCCAAGGUUGGCUACAACAACAAGGACAACAAGGAGGAGGUUCAGAUUGAAACUCAAUCUGUGCUUGGCAGCAGCCUCCGUGAGUCUGACACUCGUGACAAAUGGAGGCCACGUCAUCGGAUGGAGCAGCUCCAGUCCGGUGGACCUACUUCUUACCGUGCUGCACCUGGGUUUGGACUUGAUAAAGGACGAAGUGAAGGACGAAGUGAGGGGCCAAACAUAGGGUUCACCGUUGGUCGAGGAAGGGCGAGGGGUACUUGGUCUGCGUUCUUUGGUGCUGGAGGGUUCUUGAGAAAUGAAAGUGUUCCUGGUAAACCUGCCCCUACGUGUCGGUAUGUGAGGGGAAAGUUGCUCGACUUGUAUAGAAACCAGAAGCCUGAUAAGAUACCGAUUGAUAUGGAGGAAGUUGAUUCUGUAACUCAAGUGGCUUUGAUUGAACCUCUUGCUUUUAUCACCCCUGAUGUUGAAGAAGAGGAAAGCCUUAAGGGUAUAUGGAAGGGAAGGAUCACUGGUAGCGAAGCUCACACUUCACCUGGGGAAGAAUCAUUAGCUGAGAAGAGUCUGGGUGAGACGAAAGUGGAUGGUUCUUUGCUAGGGGUUGUGAGUGGUGACAGUGUUUCCAUGCAUAAUAGUAAUUCAGGAUUACUUGGUAGUAAUGGUGGAGGUCUAUGGGGUGCUUCUGAAAGUGAUAAAGUUUCUCAUGGAAGUCUUGAGGCAGUUAGAUCUGCAUUUACUAAAUCUUCUAUGUUGGAUGCGGGUGAACCCCUUGUUGAGCAAGAUUAUACGGGAAAGCUGCAGCAACCUGAUAUUGAAGUGAAUCACUCCGAAGGGACUCUGCCACCUGAGGAGUUUAUGUUCUCGUACAUUGAUCCUCAAGGAGUAAUACAGGGACCGUUCAUUGGAUCUGACAUUAUUUCAUGGUUUGAGCAAGGGUUUUUUGGGACUGAUCUAGAAUCAUUAGCUGAGAAGAGUCUGGGUGAGACGAAAGUGGAUGGUUCUUUGCUAGGGGUUGUGAGUGGUGACAGUGGUUCCAUGCAUAAUAGUAAUUCAGGAUUACUUGGUAGUAAUGGUGGAGGUCUAUGGGGUGCUUCUGAAAGUGAUAAAGUUUCUCAUGGAAGUCUUGAGGCAGUUAGAUCUGCAUUUACUAAAUCUUCUAUGUUGGAUGCGGGUGAACCCCUUGUUGAGCAAGAUUAUACGGGAAAGCUGCAGCAACCUGAUAUUGAAGUGAAUCACUCCGAAGGGACUCUGCCACCUGAGGAGUUUAUGUUCUCGUACAUUGAUCCUCAAGGAGUAAUACAGGGACCGUUCAUUGGAUCUGACAUUAUUUCAUGGUUUGAGCAAGGGUUUUUUGGGACUGAUCUACAGGUCCGCUUGGCAACUGCUCCAGAAGGGACUCCUUUUCAAGAUCUAGGCAGUGUCAUGUCAUAUUUAAAGACGGAGAGUAUGCAAGCCCACAUCAAUGAUCAGAUCAGCGAGCUAGAAGAGACUAGUAGAAAAACAAAUUCGGAGAUUGGUUUAUCAUUUGCACCCGUAGCAGAAUCUAAUGGUUCAGCCUCUGGUCACGAUAAUGUUCAAAUGAAACCACCACAUGUUGAUGACCGAAGUUUCUUGGACUAUUCUGCUCAAGAUGAAGAAAUCGUAUUCCCAGGAAGAGCUGGAGUUUCUGGUUAUGGAUCGGCAAAAUCCUCUACAAGUAUGCAUGAUGCUUUAAUGGGAGUUUCUGGCCACUCUGCUGUUCCUGUUGAAUCAGCGAAAGUUGCUACUCAAAAUCAGAAUGAGAACAAGCUGCAUCCGUUUGGUGUGUUGUGGUCUGAGUUAGAGAGCAGCAGUACACCAGUUGAUCUUUUGCCUAACAGGUCGUAUGAUACAGGACAUGACCAGAAGCAUCUUGAUCAAGGUCAGGAUUUGGAUCAUUUAUUAACUCUCAAAUUGCAGCAGCAGCAGCAGCAGCAACAAAAGAUUCAGUUGCAGCAGCAGCAGAAGAUUCAGUUGCAACAACGUCAACUAGAGCAAGAGUAUCAAUUACAACAGAAGCUCUUACAGGAGCAACAACAGUCCCAUGCUCGGAAUUUACAUUUUCAACAGAUUCUUCAAGGACAGACUCCUGAUUCAAGGAUUGGGCAGUCACAUGACUUCCCUCGAUUCAACAAUGUUGAUCAGAUGUUAUUAGAGCAGCAACUAAUGGAUGAAUUGCAGAGUUCUGGCCAUAGAUCACAAAAUUUUACACCGUACAUGGAGCAGCUUGCCGCUGGAAAUUUUGGGCAGUUACCACAUGAAGGUCAUCAAAACGAGCUACUACUUGAACAGCUACUUUCCGAACAAAUGCAAUCUCAAUACAGACAGAUGCGUUCUCAACAUGGACACAUGCAAUCUGAACCGUUACGGUCUUUGGAGUACCAGCUACUGCAGCAAGACCAGCUCAUGCGAUUGGCAAAUGGAGGGAGGCAAAAUACAGUAUUGGAGGAACUGAGACAUAUUGACCCUCAACAUGGACAAUUGCAGUCUGAACCAAUACGGUCUUUGGAGUACCAAAUGAUGCAGCAAGAGCAGCUCAUGCUAUUGGCAAAUAGAGCGAGGCACAAUACGUUAUUGGAGGAACAUAGACAUAUUGAUCCUCUAUGGCCAUCCAACCGUAAUGAUCAGCUUCUAGGAGCUCAUCCGGGGAUCCACCGUUCACACUCUUCUGCGGGAUUUAGACCAGUAGACUUCCAUCAACAGCAGCAGAGGCCACCCUUUGAGGAUCACUUUAGUCAUCUUGAGCGGAACCUUUCAUAUCAGCAACAACUUAAUCAGGAAUUAUUCGAGCAAGGUCUACCCUUUGAGCGAUCUACAUCGUUACCCAGAAAUACAUCGGGGCUGAAUCUGGAUGCAGGAAGAGGUCUUAACCUCUCUGAGUUGCGGGAUGCCCAGAUGCAAUCUUCUGGUAGAUUAGGAAAUUCUACUCCGGGUUUCAGUCAUCAGAAUCCCCAUACACAAUUAGGCGAACCUCAUUUUUCAGAAAUGGAACCAAGGAAAGAACGCUGGCAUGGAGCAGAUACACAGCUAGCUGGUGGCUGGGCUGAAACUCAGUUUCAUAGACCAAAUACUGAAGCUGACCAUCAUAAAAUGAGGUCAGAAAUGAGGAGAGUGGGCGAAGAUUCCAACUCAUGGAUGGUAGAUGGACAUACAGAUGAAAAGUCAAAACAGCUAUUUAUGGAGUUGCUUCACCAGAGGCCUGGUCAUCAACCUCUCGAGUCACCAAGCAUGAAUCGUGGGGAACCCUAUGACAUGAUGGCUGCUUCAGGCUUCGGCUUUGCAGACCAUGGUGGUAGACAAAACGCUUCAUCUUCUUUUGGGUCGCACGCAUCUUCUGAUGAACAUGUAAACGGAUUACCAGGAGAUGGGAACUAUAUGGGAUCGUUGCAGCGUAAUAAUUCAUUGCUUUCUGGAAGUAUCGAUGGUGGAAGAAAAAAUGAAACUAAAGACUUCAGUAAUAUGCUUGGUAUGAGCAAAGACGCGAAUGACAUCAGAACGUGGAACAAUGCACCACCAAAAAAGGAAGGAGCGGGAUUGAUGUCAUUUGAAGCACAAGACAGAAUGGGAAAGCAAGCAGUAAUGGACUCCUUGUUUCAAGGGGAGGUUCCUGUUGCUACGCUUGGCAGACAGUCUUCUUCCAGUAUCUCUGAGUCAUACAGUGACAACUUGGUUGGAGAAGUUAGAAAGGAUAGGUUGGUAGUUCCAUCACACGGGCAGGUAUCAGUUUUGUUAAAAAGGCCUCCCUCAUCGCACUCGUCAUCAUCGCAUGAGGGAUUGCUCGAGCAGAUGUCCGAUGCAGCUAACAGAACAGCAGUGGGAAACAAAGGGUCAAAGGCGUCGUUCAGUGAGAUGUUGAAGAAUAGCAGUAGCAGUAGCAUCAUGAAGAAAGUGGCAGCAGAGCCAUCUUCUGAUCCAAACGAAGGAAACAAAGGCGGUGGUGGGAAGAAGAAAGGCAAGAAAGGGAGGCAGCUUGAUCCAGCUCUUCUCGGUUUCAAAGUCACUAGCAAUCGUCUUAUGGGUGAAAUUCACCGCGCUGAUGACUUUUAGUCAAUUCUGAUACCCUGAGAUCCAUUCAAGCGUUUCUUCUUCUCCGGCGUAAUCAUGAAAACUUCAAAGCUGACUCGCAGACAGGUAAGUGGAGAAGUUUGACAAAAGCGUUACAAAGAGAGGUUUUGUACCUGAGACCACUACCUCUCUCUUCCAGAUCAUGAGGACUGCAACUAGCGGAGAUACACAUUCAAGCUAGAAGAAUCAAGUUUAGAAAUGAAUCUUUCUUCUUCUGUCUUGACUCAUUUUCUCUCCUUUUAACUGUAGAAUCCAACUUUCCGUUUACUUGUGCAUAUUAAUGUAAUGAAGAGUAUUUUCUUCAAGCUAUAUGUCCUUGUUGUUAUG